GAGUAUUGGUCCGGCCGGGGCUCGAACCCUCGACCUCCCGCACAACACAAUCCGGCGCUCUAACCAACAGAGCUAACCGGGGGACGGUACAAUGGUAAUAAUGGUAAAAAUAUCCGAUUCUACCUUGUAUAGAUACUAGAAACCAUCACAAUAAUUUUAUAGAUUAUAUUCUAAUUCGCUACCUCGCUCAAACGAAUGUAAAACGUUUAUCAUUCAAUGAGCAACCCCAAUUGGGGUGUGUCAACAAGAGCCGUAUGCGACCCUCUUUAUUAUGCCUUCAUCGACAAAAUGGAUAGGGAUGGUACAUCAACAGAAUGAAAACUCGGAAAUGUAAAAAAAUACAGCAAAAAUACAAAAUAAAUACAGCAAGAAAAACCACCCUACAAAACAAUCUAAACUAUAUUUGUAUAAGCAAAAACUACUUGUAAGAGAAACUGAUAACCCCUAGUCACUGGGUAUUUAAUUUUGAGGGUGUAGGGACGGUCGUAAGACGCGAAUGAAUAUAAAUGACAACAACUCGAAUAGAUAGCCUACCGCUAAUGAAGCAAUUGUAACAACAUACCAUGUAUCACCCCCAAAGAAAGGGUUGUGUAACUGUGAUAAAUACAUUUCUAAACAAUUCAUUAAAAAAGAAACAUUCGCAAGAUCUGUCUUGUGCAUGUGAAUGAGAGCAGACGUAAUGAUUACAAACAAUUUGUAUAUUUAACCGGGUGCUGCUUCUGAUGAUUAGCGGAAAUCUUAACACAUAUCCUGCUUAGCUACCGCCAGUGGGGUGAUAAUUACUACUACAAGGACACGAAUCACGCAAAACAAUAAGCGAUCAAUAAUUUAUUAACACGCAUCGAAAUUUGUGCUAAUUGUUUCCAGAUGCACUGUCUACUUUACUCGCUACGAAAGCAAAGUGUCGUUCUCAUGCUCAAAUGUUCAGUGGAUCUUGCAUGUGUUAGUACGUGAUUGCCCGUAAUCUUUCAGUGCUACGUUUCCGUUUUCAAGCUAAAUAUUUGUGAAAACUUACUUAUUUACGCUUGUGUAUCUGCUGACAAAUCUUUUAAGCUGAAAUGUACGAUCUAUCUCGCCAACAUAUCACAAAAUAACUGGUGUAAGGAAAAGCUGCCUCUGACAUAUCCUAGGACCGGAGACAGAUUUCGUUAGUUGGCGGAUUUCUACCCAGAUACAACUGGAAGCUGGUUGUUCAGAUCACGCCAAUUCGUAAGACGGGCGCAUCCGAGGAGUCAUCUGUGGUGUCCCACAACCGUUCAUGUAAGCUGUUUAAGCGUCCAAAAUAGGAAAGCCUUGUCAAAUGCAAGUAAGUUGAGAGAUCUAAACCAUCUCAGCACCAAGGACUGAGCUUGUAACAAAGAUAACUUCCUUCCUGAUAAAACAUUAAGGUUCCGCCAUCUGGCGCCAGACCGCACGAUAUCUGGUCGUACUUCUGGCUGAAGCGCGCCAACUCUAAUACAAACAAGCUGCACAACACCCUUAAAACACAAACGCCUUACAGAACGCUGGGAUAAAGAUACGCCGCUAAUUUGUAAUCAGGGUGAGAAGUUGAAAAUGAGGAAAAGAGCUGUUUGGAGAGUUGUUUUCGCCGCAUGGACAUUCGCAACGCAAAUUGCAACGGAUGAAGCAGGAGGCAAUGGCUUGAUUCACAAUGGACAACCAACAUCGUCAUCUUCAUCGGCGUCUCCAAGAUUUGUGGACUCCAUCAGGAUGCAACAGACUUUCAUUGCAUGGCCCGCACGCCACAGCGUCCGACUCAAAUGCAAGGCCAGUGGCUCAAGUCCGUUAAGAUUCCAGUGGUUAAAGGAUGGUGAUCCUUCCAUACAUCGAAGAUUGCAACCGAGACUCAAAACGAACAUGUGGUACCUGAAGCUUAAAGACUUGUUGCCCUUAGACUCUGGGAAAUAUACUUGUAUAGUUUCCAACACGUAUGGCUCCAUAAAUCACACUUAUACCCUACGAGUUGUAGAAAAAUCUCGCACCAAGCCUAUUCUGAAGUGCGGCUUUCCUAAAAACACCAGCGUCCAGCUUGGGCAGAACGCUUCAAUGACUUGCAUCGUUCUUAUCAGUGGAACACUACCAGAUUUUAGAUGGCUUAAGUGGAACAAUAUUCCCAGCACUUUCCCCAACUCGCUUGACUUUGAGAACGGAUCCUAUACCCUUGUCAACCCUCGGCAAUAUCAGACGGUUCACGUUGGAGGAAAGUACGGCGUUGAAGUGAACAUUGGGAAUGUCACACCUAACGAUUUGGGCCUGUAUACGUGUUACGUUAGCAAUCACCUUGGUUUCGAUUACAUGAGUGCAUUUUUAAGCGAGAAAAAGGGGAGGAGAAGAGAAUCUGAAGAUGCAUUGUCAGUCAUGACAAAGCGGCCGAAGACGAAGGACCUCGCAAAUCACAAGAACACGGAAUCUACGCCAUUUGGGGGAACCAACGCAACGGUACGGAUUCCCCCAGCAAAACAGGCGAUAUCUCGAGCAAGGGAGGCAAAGAUACCUUUAAGUGUGUUCAUAGGUGUCUUAAGCACCUGGGCAGUCAUUACAACAACUGCACUCCUUUGGUGUCACUUGUACCACAAGAAAAUAAUGGCGGAAAAAACAGGGAUAGAGCUUUCAUGAACGAGGAAGGAAAUUACCACUCUGAUGUUACCAAGAGAACUAAUGCAGGACUGACUACGGGUCAUUAUUUGCACUCGCACCUCUGACUUGUCGGUUACGUUUAUGAAAACGUCUAGUCGUAGACAUUGCCCUUUUUACUGUUCUUGAUAUUGUUGAUGUUGUUGUUUUUGUUGUUUUUUGUUGCUGUUUUUAAUCAAUAUUAUCACUUUACAUUUAAUCUUAUAUCCUGUGGAUGGCUUCAAAGUCACGGAGAUACAUAUCGAGGUUUUAAUGAAAAUGAGAAUUGGUGGCUGGGAAAAGGAUGUAUGCAUAGAUAAGAGCGGGAGUUUUCCGGCUCAUUUUAUUAGCCACACGAGAAAACGGGAAAGCCAUUGAUUCAUUAACUGAAUUUCUUUUUUAAAGUCAACGCUGAAUCGGACAAGGUGCUAAGCAAAGAACUUUAGCGAUCUGACAACCACUCCGUCCUGAUAACAAAACAAGGAUAACGAUUGGAAAAACGCAAAGAGUCAUAGUGUGGUAUUUCAAACCCUUUUACAUUUUAUUUCGCGGAUGUAUGCACAUUUUAUCGUUCAUCUUAUAAGUUUCUUUAAAUAUUGUACAAUCAACCAAGGUUGAUAGUUAUUUGUAGUUUAGGUAGUGAUUAUUUCUUUUCCAUUUUCUUCAUUUCAGUCUAUUUAAUACAUUGUACAGUCCAGAUGUAAAUCGACAUGUGAAUUGUAACGUUUACACACCUUAAUUAAAACUCGAAAAUCAAACCCGU